CUAUGUGCUCUCGCAGGACCUGUCUUAAAACGGGGCUCGGAUCCUGGCGGCUCCUGCAGCCCCCACCCCCCGACCCUCUCCUCCACAUCCCCUGACCCCAACGCCGGGACCCAUCCAUUCUCACAACGUCCACCUCCCCCAGGCCCUUCCCUGCCUGCAUCUCAAACUCUUCUUGCCCUCGGAACGCCAGCCCACCGGGGCUCCAGGCCACCGGGCUGGGCACUCACAGAGUCCGAGCUGCCCUCCACCCUUGACAGCGACCUUCGCCGCCCGGGAUCGGGGCGGCCCCUCCCAGGCCCGGCCCAGAGGUGGUGCUCAUCCCACCUCAAGGCAGUGGCGGGAAGGCAGCCCUCCCUCGAGGGACAGGAUCUGCUGCAGGGGCCUGGCACACUGGCUGGACCUGGGCGGCCCCGGCCUGACUCAGCCCAGGGCGGCACGGUGAGCUCGCAGCAGUCCUGGGCGCCGGCUUCCUCUCUUCCAGCGGGCCGCGGGGCUCUGCCAGCCCAGUCAGCCUUCCGGGGCUCCGGGGCCCGUCCCCCACCCAGUUCCCAGCCUGGGCAGCCUGGCUUUGUGACUUCACAGGCUGAAGUCACGCGGGGACAAUGCUGGGCGUUCCACACCUCCAGGUGCAGGCCCAGCCUGGCCAGACGGCUCCCCGCAGCGCAGUCGAGGACGAUGCCCGCUGGCCCGCGUGGGGGGGGGAUGUAGAGGGCGGCGGCGCGGGCCGCUCCGGGCGCCAUGGACGACGCCGCGGUCCUGAGGAAGAAGGGCUACAUCGUGGGCAUCAACCUGGGAAAGGGCUCCUACGCCAAGGUCAAGUCCGCCUACUCCGAGCGCCUCAAGUUCAACGUGGCGGUCAAGAUCAUCGACCGCAGGAAGACGCCUGCCGACUUCGUGGAGAGGUUCCUGCCUCGCGAGAUGGACAUCCUGGCGACCGUCAACCACCGCUCCAUCAUCAAGACCUACGAGAUCUUUGAGACGUCCGACGGCCGCAUCUACAUCGUCAUGGAGCUCGGCGUGCAGGGCGACCUCCUCGAGUUCAUCAAGUGCCGCGGGGCCCUGCACGAGGACGUGGCGCGCAGGAUGUUCCGGCAGCUGUCCUCGGCCGUCAAGUACUGCCACGACCUGGACGUCGUCCACCGCGACCUCAAGUGCGAGAACCUCCUCCUCGACAAGGACUUCAACAUCAAGCUGUCCGACUUCGGCUUCUCCAAGCGCUGCCUGCGGGACGGCAGUGGCCGGCUGACGCUGAGUAAGACCUUCUGCGGGUCGGCGGCGUACGCGGCCCCCGAGGUGCUGCAGGGUAUCCCCUACCAGCCCAAGGUGUACGACAUCUGGAGCCUGGGCGUGAUCCUCUACAUCAUGGUCUGCGGCUCCAUGCCCUACGACGACUCCGACGUCAAGAAGAUGCUGCGCGUCCAGAAGGAGCACCGCGUGGACUUCCCGCGCUCCAAGCACCUGACAGGCGAGUGCAAGGACCUCAUCUACCGGAUCCUGCAGCCGGACGUCACCCGGCGCCUGCACAUCGACGAGAUCCUCAGCCACGCGUGGCUGCAGCCCCCCAAGCCCAAGGCCAUGCCCUCCGCCUCCUUCAAGCGGGAGGGCGAGGGCAAGUACCGGGCUGACUGCAAGCUGGACCCCCGGCCUGAGCACCGGCCCGACCACAAACUGGGGGCCAAGACCCAGCACCGGCUGCUCGUGGUGCCCGAGACCGAGGACCGCGUGGAGGAGCGGCUGGCCGAAGCCUCCAGGGGCAAGGACCCCCACGUCUCCGGGGCCGAGGUGGGGAAGGCAAGCACCGAGCGGUGCUGAGGGCCCGGGGGGCGUGCGUGGCGCCGCGCGGCCCCGGGGGCUGAGUGGGCGGUAGGAGCCGAAGAAGCCACAGGUGCGAGAACGAGUAAAGUCCGUCAAUUAAACCGCUAUUUUGAUUA